GGUAAUAUCAGAAUUACAGCGAGAAAUCGCUACUUCCAACCAAGGUCGUCAACAAACUGCUGUCGCCGGCGAAUAAAACCUUCGGUUUCCUUCUGUUUUUUCUCGUACCGAACAGAAAUAUGGGUGGAGGCGGUGGCGGUGCCCCUCAUGAAAUUCCAGACUGGAGAAUAUAUAAGGCUGAAGGAAUCCCAGAACUGGAUCGCCUUCAGAAGAGGCUUGGUGCGCUUGGUCUGAAAGAUCCCUGGAUCAGGAAUGAAGCCUGGAAGUACAUGGAAGCCACUGGAGGCAACGUCUCGUGGACUCGCUCUGCCAUGAAGUACAUGUUCCGGGGCUUCGGGUUAGCUGCAGCCGCCAUGGUCCUCACCAUCGCCUACGAUAAGGCCACAAACAAGGGAGGCAAUGAUCAUGGACAUCAUUGACGAUAGUAUCCACCAUUUUUGUAAAUUUUCGUUACUGCGGCGGCAUUGAUUACAUUUCGAGUGAUGUCCUGUCAAUAAAGUGGACAUGCUGGCUGCAAAGACUGGCGACAGGAAGUGCUUAUGGUUUUGCUGCAGUUAGUGGGAUUAGGGUUCUGUGUGCUUGAUAAAGAAGGGACCGACAGAAGAGAAGGUGGCUGCACACCAGCCUGGUUGAAUGUAUGAAUGGACUUUAUGAAUAUUUGCUUAUGUGUUAUACUUUUUUUUUCUCUAGUGUUUAUGAUCUGUACAAUACAAGCCUUUCCUUAAAAGCUGAUGGUCAGUGGUGUAUUAACAAACAACCUACUGACUAGUAGCCCAUAGUUUGUCUUCUCGAAUAAAGGGUUUGUUGUUCUGGAAAUAUUUCA